GGUGGCGGCGGUGUGAAAUUUGCAGUGCAACUUUAAUUUGUUGAAAAUAAUUAAUGAAAACAUGUGCAUAUAUUAUAAUAGUUGAACGUCGUGCCAAUUAAAUAUUGGAAAAGUGUGUUAAUAAACAAACAAACGUUUUUCGGUGCAGUGGCCAGUCGGAGCCGAAAGGUGUGCGAAAAUACACCGCUGUCAGUGCGAAACAACAAAGCCUCUAGCUAUGCAUGCAGCAGCAGGCAGAUGACGACGCCAGAGAGACUGAGCCGAGCGCAGUGCAGAGGAAACGGAACAGGAUAUUAAAGUGAAUUUUAAGAAGCCACACUACUAAAGAGCCACACUUUACCAUGGCUGCCAUUAUGACUAGCAGCGGGGGCGGCAGUGCGGCGGCGGCAACGCGUGAAUUUGUUGAAGGCUGGACAUUGGCGCAAACGCUGGGGGAAGGUGCCUAUGGCGAAGUCAAAUUGCUCAUCAAUCGCCAGACCGGCGAGGCUGUGGCCAUGAAAAUGGUUGAUUUAAAAAAACAUCCCGAUGCUGUGAUUUCGGUUCGUAAAGAAGUUUGCAUACAAAAAAUGCUCCAGGAUACGCACAUUUUACGCUUCUUCGGCAAGCGCUCUCAGGGACAUGUGGAGUAUAUUUUUCUAGAGUAUGCAGCCGGUGGGGAACUUUUCGAUCGCAUUGAGCCCGAUAUAGGAAUGCCACAGCAUGAGGCCCAACGCUACUUCACCCAACUCCUGUCCGGUCUCAACUAUUUGCAUCAGCGUGGCAUCGCGCAUCGUGACCUGAAGCCCGAGAAUCUCCUACUGGACGAGCAUGACAAUGUGAAAAUUUCGGAUUUUGGCAUGGCCACCAUGUUUAGAUGCAAAGGCAAAGAACGACUGCUGGACAAGCGCUGCGGCACGUUGCCGUAUGUGGCGCCGGAGGUGUUGUUAAAGCCCUACCACGCACAGCCUGCGGACAUUUGGUCCUGUGGUGUCAUCCUAGUCACGAUGCUCGCGGGUGAGCUGCCCUGGGACCAGCCAUCUAGUAAUUGUCCCGAAUUCAUAAUUUGGAAGGACAAUAAUCGGUGGCAGACACAGACGCCAUGGAGCAAGCUGGACACAUUAGCCAUUUCAUUGCUGCGCAAAGUGCUGGCCACAAACCCCAAUGCGCGCCUCACUCUCGACAAAAUACUCGAUCACAAGUGGUGUAACAUGCAGUUUGCGGAUAAUGAUCGCUCCUUCGACCUCGUGGACUCUGCAGCCGCCUUGGAGAUCUGCUCACCCAAGGCCAAGCGUCAGCGCUUGCAGUCUAGCGCUCAUCUUAGUCACAAUCUGGACGAUUCCAUAUCGCGCAACUAUUGUUCGCAGCCGAUGCCAACAAUGCGCAACGAUGAUGACUUUGAUGUUAAGUUGGGCAAGCGUCGCUUGAAUGGCGGAAAUGAAGGGGAAGACGAGCAUCUGGCCAUUGCGCAGGAGGCACGGUUGAGCUAUUGUUUCUCACAGCCGGCCCUGCUGGAUGAUCUGUUGCUAGCCACACAAAUGAAUCAAACACAGACUGCCUCGCAGAACUACUUCCAACGCUUGGUGCGACGCAUGACUCGCUUCUUUGUGACCACCCGAUGGGAUGACACCAUCAAGCGGCUGGUGAGCACCAUCGAACGUCUUGGUGGCUACACCUGCAAGGUCAACGACGAGGGCGUUGUCACAGUGUCCACAAUUGAUAGGCGGAAGCUUCGCCUGGUCUUUAAGGCACACAUCAUUGAAAUGGAUGGCAAAAUUCUGGUCGAUUUCAGACUAUCGAAAGGCUGUGGCCUGGAAUUCAAACGUCGCUUUAUCAAAAUAAAGCAUGCCUUGGAGGAUAUCGUACUAAAGGGACCAACGACGUGGCCCAUUGCGAUUGCAACCAACACGGUGCCUUAGUUUUUAAUUAGACUACAACGUUUUUUAGACUAUAGCGUUUGUCUAUAUACACAGUUAGCUUAGUUUGUGUCUACAUUGUGUUCCCCCACCAACUCAUUCUCACAUUGUGCUAAUUAAACUUAAUAUGACUUACUUAUUAUAAUAUUUGUUAAACUUUUAACAAUUUAUCCUGCAUAGCUUUACGUAACUGCGUACUCAUAUUCAUUGCUUUUAAUUUUGUUAAAUAUUAAACUGAGUAUUUUUAUUAUAAGUCACGUUAUCGAACAAUAAAUCGACUACGAUUUUAUUUAAA